CCCGCCGCGGAUCUCGUCGACGACCUGCCCGGGUACGGCGCCCCUCCCGCGGCGCAGUACAGCGGCUUCCUCGACGCGUCCGCGUCCACGCCCGGGACAAUGCUGCACUACUGGCUCGCGCUGUCCCCCGCGGACGACUGGGCGUCCAAGCCGAUCGUGCUGUGGCUCAACGGCGGGCCCGGGAGCAGCUCGAUCCUGGGCUUCCUCCAGGAGAACGGGCCGCUGCUCACGAAUCGCACAGGGGGGCUGAUGCUCAACCCGUGGGCGUGGACGAACGACGCGAACCUCCUCGCGCUGGAGUCCCCGGCGGGGGUGGGGUACUCGUACUGCGCGAAGCAGUUGAAACGCCCGCCCGGCGGGUGUUACAACACGGACAAGUCCACGGCGUCCGACGCGCUCGCGGCGCUGGUGCACUUCUUCGGGGUUAAAUUUCCGACGCUGGCGAAGAACGAGUUCUUCAUCACCGGGGAGUCGUACGCGGGGGUGUACGUCCCGACGUUAUCGCGCGCGAUUCUC